GUUGAGACUCAUUAUACUGAUUUCAUCACUGCUCAAAUUUUCCAACUCACAAUUUGAAAAGCGCUGAAAAUGAAAGUAGAAAUGUGAGGAACCGUAUGGGCAACUUCUACACUCCUGAGAGAGUACCGCCUCAAUUCCCCAUGUGUCCCAAGCCCAGUUCCAGAAGCGCGUUGGAGGCACUGGGGCAAUUCUGGAAGCUGGCCCCCGAAAGGACGCUCCCCACGUCCCCAGCUGGGGGCCCUGCGUAGACCUGGAGUGGACGCCCCCUCCUUCCCUUCAUGAUUCGUUUGUAGCGCAGUGGCGAUGGAUGAUGAGGAUGGGAGAUGCUUACUAGACGUGAUUUGUGACCCUCAGGCCCUCAAUGACUUCUUACAUGGAUCUGAGAAGCUUGACAGUGAUGACCUCCUGGAUAAUCCCGGGGAGGCCCAAAGUGCCUUCUAUGAAGGUCCUGGGCUCCACGUGCAAGAAGCUUCCGGCAACCACUUGAACCCAGAGCCCAGCCAGCCGGCCCCCAGCGUGGACCUCGACUUCCUGGAAGAUGAUAUCCUGGGCUCGCCGGCGGCGGGGGGCGGGGGCGGCGGGGGCGCCGACCAGCCCUGUGACAUCCUCCAGCAGAGCCUCCAGGAGGCCAACAUCACCGAGCAGACACUCGAAGCCGAGGCCGAGCUGGACCUGGGCCCCUUCCAGCUGCCCACCCUGCAGCCUGCGGAUGGCGGGGCCGGCCCAGCGGGGGCCGGAGGGGCUGCCGCCGUGGCCACGGGGCCCCAGGCCCUCUUCCCGGGUGGCGCUGACCUGCUGGGGCUGCAGGCCCCGCCCACCGUGCUGACCCACCAGGCCCUGGUGCCGCCCCAGGACGUGGUCAGCAAAGCCCUCAGUGUCCAGCCCUUCCUGCAGCCCGUGGGCCUGGGCAACGUGACCCUGCAGCCCAUCCCAGGCCUUCAGGGCCUGCCCAACGGCAGCCCCGGGGGCGCCGCGGCGGCUACUCUCGGCCUGGCUCCCAUCCAGGUGGUGGGCCAGCCCGUCAUGGCACUCAACCCGCCCACCUCCCAGCUCCUGGCCAAGCAGGUGCCCGUCAGCGGUUAUCUGGCCUCGGCAGCUGGCCCUUCAGAGCCAGUGACCCUGGCAUCGGCCGGCGUCUCGCCGCAGGGGGCUGGCCUGGUCAUCCAGAAGAACCUCCCUGCCGCCGUGGCCACCACGCUCAAUGGGAACUCGGUGUUCGGAGGGGCGGGAGCCGCCACGGUCGCGGCCAGCGGGGCGCCCUCGGGACAGCCGCUGGCGGUGGCCCCGGGCCUCGGCACGUCGCCGCUGGUUCCGGCACCCAACGUGAUCCUGCACCGCACGCCCACGCCCAUCCAGCCCAAGCCUGCCGGCGUGCUGCCCCCCAAGCUCUACCAGCUGACACCCAAGCCGUUCGCCCCCGCGGGCGCCACGCUUACCAUCCAGGGCGAGGCAGGGGGCCUCCCGCAGCAGCCCAAGGCCCCCCAGAACCUGACUUUCAUGGCGGCGGGCAAGGCCGGCCAGAACGUGGUGCUGUCGGGCUUCCCGGCGCCCGCCCUGCAGGCGAACGUCUUCAAGCAGCCUCCCGCCACCACCACGGGCGCGGCCCCGCCGCAGCCCCCCGGGGCCCUGAGCAAGCCCAUGAGCGUGCACCUCCUGAAUCAAGGCAGCAGCAUCGUCAUCCCCGCCCAGCACAUGCUGCCGGGCCAGAACCAGUUCCUGCUGCCCGGCACGUCGGCGGUCCAGCUCCCCCAGCCGCUCUCGGCCCUGCCGGCCAACGUGGGCGGGCAGAUCCUGGCGGCCGCAGCCCCCCAUGCGGGCGGACAGCUCAUCGCCAACCCCAUCCUCGCCAACCAGAACCUGGCGGGCCCGCUGAGCCUGGGCCCCGUGCUGGCCCCCCACUCCGGGGCCCACAGCGCGGCCCACAUCCUCUCGGCGGCCCCCAUCCAGGUGGGCCAGCCGGCACUCUUCCAGAUGCCCGUGUCGCUGGCCGCGGGCAGCCUGCCCACACAGAGCCAGCCGGCACCCACCGGCCCCGCCGCCACUACCGUCCUCCAGGGGGUCACUCUGCCCCCCAGCGCCGUGGCUAUGCUCCACGCCCCCGACGGUCUGGUGCAGCCUGCCGCCCCUGCCGCCGCCGCCGGGGAGGCCGCGCCUGUCCUCGCGGUGCAGGCGGCGCCCCAGGCGUCCCCCGCGGUCAGCACGCCGCUGCCUCUGGGCCUCCAGCAGCCGCAGGCACAGCAACAGCAGCAGCCCGCGCAGGGCCCCGCCCCGCAGGCCGCCCCAGCUCAGGCCUCCACCCCCCAGCCCAGCCCAGGCCUGGCGUCCAGCCCGGAGAAGAUCGUCCUGGGGCAGCCGCCCUCUGCCGCCACCACGGCCAUCCUCACUCAGGACUCCCUGCAGAUGUUCCUGCCCCAGCAGAGGAGCCGGCAGCCCCUCUCCACGGAGGGCCCCCACCUCCCCGCGCCCGCCUCGGUCAUAGUCAGCGCCCCGCCUCCCGCCCAAGACCCAGCCCUGACCACCCCCGCCGCCAAAGGAGCCGGCCCCGGCCCUCAGGCCCCCGACAGCCAGGCCUCCCCGGCGCCGGCCCCCCAGGUAGACGAACCCCAGCAGCCUCUGUCCCAGCGCAGACCAGCCCCGCCCCUCGCCCCCCUUCCCCGCUCCCUCCGCUCGCUCCCUGGCUGCCCCGCCUGCCUCUCUGUCUCGCUGGCUUGGGAAACGGUGCUCUCCUUGGCUCCCCAGAUGUUUCCUGAGGGUCUCCGGACACUGGACGGUGGGGCCGGGCCGGCGGCUGGAACGCUGCCCCCGCCUGGCCGCCUCCCUUCCCCUUGCUGCUGUGCUCGUGCGUCCCGGCCCCCGCCUACCCGCUGGGCAGCUGGUGUGGUGCCCCCGCCGCUGCCACCGCUUCCUACGCUGCUACCCCCAAAGCCUGCAGAGCUCGCCUUCAUCAUCGGGAGCAUCUUUGUCAUCCAGAACCAGCUGGGCGUCCCCCCACCUGCGAGCACGCCGGCCCCCCCUGCCCCAGGCCCACCGCAGCCCCCUCUGCGACCCCCAUCCCAGCCCUUGGAGGGGCCGCUGGCCCCAGCCUCCACCUCCUCUGUCGUGGCCUCCUCCUCCGAGACGUCCUCCAGGCUGCCAGCCCCCACGCCGCCCGACUUCCAGCUCCAGUUCCCCCCUGGCCAGGGGCCCCACAAGUCCCCCACGCCCCCUCCGACCCUCCACCUGGUCCCCGAGCCCGCAGCGCCCCCGCCCCCGCCUCCUCGGACCUUCCAGAUGGUGGCCACCCCCUUCCCGGCGCUGCCCCAGCCGAAGGCUCUUCUCGAGAGAUUUCACCAGGUGCCGUCCGGAAUCAUUCUCCAGAGCAAGGCUGUGGGCGCCCCCGCCGCCCCGCAGACCUCCGCCAGCCUGGGGCCCCUCGGCAGCCCCACCGCCUCCGGGCUGGUCAGCGGGCAGGCCCCAUGUGGGACCUCCACCGCCCCCAGCCAUGGCCCGGCCCCGGCGCCCGUGGCCACUGCAGGCCUCCCUCCUCUGCUUCCCGCCGAGAGCAAAGCCUUUGCCAGCAACCUCCCGACCCUGACUGUGGCCAAGGCCGCUGCAUCUGGGCCAGGGAAGUCCUCCGGGCUGCAGUAUGAGAGCAAGUUGAGCAGCCUGAAGAAACCACCUCCCCUUCAGCCCAGCAAAGAAGCCUGCUUUCUGGAGCAUUUGCACAAACAUCAGGGCUCCGUCCUGCACCCUGACUACAAGACGGCCUUCCCCUCCUUCGAGGACGCCCUGCAUCGCCUCCUGCCCUACCACGUCUACCAGGGUGCCCUCCCCUCCCCCAACGACUACCACAAAGUGGACGAGGAGUUUGAGACGGUCUCCACGCAGCUGCUGAAACGCACCCAGGCCAUGCUCAAUAAAUACCGCCUCCUGCUCUUGGAGGAGUCCCGGAGGGUGAGCCCCUCAGCGGAGAUGGUAAUGAUCGACCGAAUGUUCAUUCAGGAGGAAAAGACCACGCUGGCCUUGGACAAGCAGCUGGCCAAGGAGAAGCCUGAUGAGUACGUGUCUUCCUCGCGCUCUCUCGGCCUCCCCAUCGCCGCCUCUUCCGAGGGACACCGGCUCCCCAGCCACGGCCCGCCACCGUCCUCAGCGUCUGGGGCCCCGACCCAACCCCCUCUGCACCUGCCCACCAAGCUGGUGAUCCGGCACGGUGGGGCGGGCGGCUCCGCUUCCGUGAGCUGGGCCCGGGCGUCCUCCUCCUCCCUGUCCUCGUCCUCCUUGUCCUCCGCUGCCUCCUCCCUGGACGCCGACGAGGACGGCCCGAUGCCUUCCCGUAACCGCCCGCCCAUCAAGACCUAUGAGGCCCGGAGCCGCAUCGGCCUCAAGCUCAAGAUCAAACAGGAAGCCGGACUCAGCAAGGUCGUCCACAACACGGCCCUGGACCCGGUGCACCAGACCCCGCCGCCGCGCCCCGCCGCCCUCAAGGCGGCCGAGCCCCCGCCCCGGCCCCCGCCGCCGCCCCCCGCCACCGGCCACAUGAACGGCACGGUGGACCACCCGCCGCCGCCGGCCGCCGCCGACCGCAAGCCGCCGCCGCCGGCGCCCCACUGCCCGCGGCUGCCCCUGCGCAAGACCUACCGCGAGAACGUGGAGGCCCCGGGCGGCGGGGCGGCCGAGGGGGCGGCGGCGGGCAGAGCCCGGGGGGGCAGCCCGGCCCCGCUGCCCGCCAAAGUGGACGAGGCCACCAGCGGGCUCAUCCGCGAGCUGGCGGCCGUGGAGGACGAGCUGUACCAGCGCAUGCUGAAGGGCGCCGCGGCCGAGCCCGCGGGCAGCGCCGGGCAGGGCAGCGGCAGCCGGGAGCCCGGCUGGGAGGCGCCCCCGCUGCCCCCGGCCAAGCGGCGCAAGUCCGAGUCGCCCGACGUGGACCAGGCCAGCUUCUCCAGCGACAGCCCGCAGGACGACACGCUCACGGAGCACCUCCAGAGCGCCAUCGACAGCAUCCUGAACCUCCAGCAGGCCCCCGGCCGGACGCCCGCGCCCCCGUACCCACACGCCGCCCCGGCGGCCGUCACGCCCGCCUCCCCGACGCCCCUGCACAGGCCGGAGGCCUACCCGCCCUCCAGUCACAACGGCGGCCUCGGCGCCAGGACGUUGAACAGAUAACACCGGGCUGGUCUUCCCUUCCCUGGCCCCUCGCUCCGCAGGGACGCCGCGGGGAGCGGGGAGGGGGGCAGCCGGGCGUCCGACCUCAGCCUCCUGGGGAACACGAGCCGGGGACCCCUUGAGUUUUUCUUGCCUAAGUUAUUUGAGUCACAAAGGCCUCGUCCCCCGCCUCCUGCUUCAGCCGGGUUGUUGGGUGGGGGCCGUGGAUUUCGGGGAGGGGCCGUAACGUAAACUGUCCCCCUGCCAAAGGAGGGGGUAAUCCUGGUGUGUCGUUUCCUAUUGCUUCCCGUUACCUGCUCGCUCCGCCCCCGCACCGGGGGACACGUGCGCUUUUGCCAGGGAUGAGGGCUUCCUGGUCGUCCCCACUGCUCACGCGUCUCCGGGUUCCGGGCCUGUCCGUGUGGCCUCACGGACCCCUGCGUGGAGGGCGCUCAGAGCCGGCAGGGUCCUUGCGAGCUGCGCUCAGCCUCUCGCCGCCGCCCCCCACAGGCCGAGAGAGGAAACGCACGGGAGGGGCGGCGUGAGCCUGCAUGCGGGGACCCCCGGCUGGGAGCGCUGUGCCCGCGGGCAGCUGUGUCCCAUCCACGUGUGUGCGCCCCGCUCCGUGUCCUAUGUCCCUCUGUGUGCGCUCGAAUGAGAGCGAGAGAUUGCGAAGCCUCCAGUCCCUCGACCGAAAUCCGAGCACCUCCAAAACAGGAAACCGGGGUCUUCCUCCCCGCCCCCCCCCCCCCAGCCAGUCUUCCCUCUGUUCCUGCCGCCAGCCACCCACGCCAGAUUUCGAAAUCUUGGAGACAAAACUAGUACUGUAAGAUAAAUUUUUUUGUACUGUAUUUAUUGUGUAUAACGAUUUUUUUAAAGGAGAAUUCUGUACAUUUAGAACUCUUGUAAAUUAAAAAAACGAUCCUUUUUUUUAAAAC